UUUUGAUUCCAACACAACAGCAUUGGUCCACAGUGGUCAUCACCACUCAAUGAGAAAUUGACAUCAAAUCCACCAGCGCCGCCGCUUCAAUUCCACAGAUAUGCUAAAGCAGCUCCACGCUUUUGGAGUGGAGAAAAACAUCUGCUUCUCAAAUCGCAGCUUCCAACAGAACCAAACAAAUUCUCGAGCUCGCCAUUCAAAUCCCAGCACAAUUCCCAUGGCCCAGAAUUCUUCUUCGCCGCUUCCGCCGUUGAAAUUCGAAGCCAAACCCCCAAACCCCGUGUUUGAUCCUCACGGUUUAGACUCCAAUUUGCUGGAGAAAAUCGCGUAUGAUGCUCUGGUUUGGAGCUCUCUCCGUGGGUUGCUUGUUGGAGACAGGGCUUCGCAGAAAUCGGGAACUGUUCCGGGUGUGGGUCUAGUGCACGCACCUAUCUCCCUGUUGCCAAUGCCAUUUCAAGAAAGUCAUUAUAAACAAGCUUGUGAAGUAGCUCCCAUAUUCAACGAACUAGUUGACCGUGUCAGCUUAGACUCGAACUUCUUACAGGAAUCGCUUGCCAGGACGAAAAAGGCGGAUGCUUUUACAUCCAGGCUUCUAGAUAUUCAUGCCAAGAUGUUGGAUAUGAACAAGAAAGAGGAUAUACGCUUAGGACUACAUCGCUCUGACUAUAUGGUGGAUGAACACACUAAUUUACUUCUCCAAAUCGAGCUCAAUACAAUUUCUUCUUCAUUUGCGGGGUUGAGCUGUCUCGUUAGUGAUCUUCACAGGAGCUUGCUUCAUCAAUUCAAGCAACACCUUGCUUUGGAUCCAGAGAGGAUUCCCGAAAACGCUUCUGCUAAUCAGUUUGCGGAAGCAUUACAGAAAGCCUGGUCUGAAUAUAAUAACCCCAGGGCUGUGGUUAUGAUCGUGGUUCAAGCUGAAGAACGGAACAUGUACGAUCAACAUUGGCUUUUUACGCUCUUGAUGGAAAAAUAUCAAGUUAGAAGUAUUAGGAAAACCUUAGCAGAGAUCGAUGCACAAGGGGAGCUUCUGGCAGACGGAACUCUUGUUGUAGAUGGUGAAGUAGUUGCAGUGUCUUACUUUCGAGCUGGAUAUGCACCUACUGAUUAUCCUUCAGAAUCGGAAUGGAGUGCUAGGCUUUUGAUCGAGCAGUCGUGUGCAAUCAAAUGCCCUUCAAUCGCAUAUCACUUAGCCGGCACCAAGAAAAUUCAACAAGAGCUGGCGAAACCCAAUCAGCUCGAAAGAUUUCUUGAGAACAAGGACGACAUAGCCAAAGUACGCAAGUGCUUUGCCGGAUUAUGGAAUUUGGAAGAUUCGAGCAUUGUCAAGGAUGCAAUUGAGAGGCCAGGACUAUAUGUCAUGAAGCCCCAGAGAGAAGGAGGAGGGAACAAUAUUUAUGGAGACGAUGUAAGGGUAGCACUGCAAGAAAUGCAUAAGAAAGGCACAGAAGAAGAUGCGGCUUACAUUCUUAUGCAGAGGAUUUUCCCAGCUACUUCGCCCGCGAUUCUAAUGCGCGAAGGCAUCUCUCAUAAAGAGCAAGUUCUAUCAGAACUCGGGGUAUAUGGAACCUAUUUAAGGAACAAGGAGAAGGUGAUCAUGAAUAACCAUUCUGGUUACCUGAUGCGAACAAAGGUGUCGUCUUCAAACGAAGGUGGGGUUGCUGCAGGUUUUGCUGUUUUAGAUAGCAUAUAUUUGGUGUGACUGUUGGAUUUUGGUGGCUAUGCUACUUUAUAAUUGAGCAUUAAUUUCAUCAUGCCUUUCCUGAAGAAAAAAGCAAUUGUUGCAGUUCUUCUCGUUGAGUAGGAAAAACAAGAAUGUGUGGAUGAUGGAUAUGUCUCACUUGUUGAAUAUUUUUAAGUUGUUUACAAAUAAAGUUGAACUAUAUUAUUCUGCA